CUUGCAUCCAUGUCGACCAGCAAAUCCUCGCAGGCCAAGUCCUCUCAGAGUAAGGCCAACGGCGGCGGCAAGGACAUUCGUGCCUUCUUCUCGAGCCAAGGCACUCCCAAACCUACUCCGACGUCCUCCAAACCCACAGCAUCACAAGUUAUCGAUUUAAUUAGUGAUGACGAAAAGAUGGCGGUUGACCCUGGGCCUUCCAAGAAACGCAAGUCGACCGUAUUGCUGUCGAGCGACGAUGAGGACGAAGGAGAAUCUCCACCCAAGAAGAAACCUGUGGCAGUUGCGAAACCCAAGCCACGGCCUUCCAUUACGCAGCCUACGAAACCGACACGCAAACACACCGUUGUUGAGUCCUCUGGAGAGGAGGACGACUCACCUCCGAAGAAAGUGGCAAAAAGCACCAAGCCCAAACCACGGCGCUCCACUACUAAAGACGACGACUUCGUGGUUGACGAUGAUGAAGAGGACGAGAAGCCAAAGAAGGGCACACCGAAACCCAAGGCGGGUUCUUCUAAGCAACCCAAGGACGAGAGCAAACCGAAAUUCAACUGGGCUGCUGCAAGGGCAGCAAAAUUGGCCGGUCCGUCAGCGCCGGGCUCAAAGGCAAUACCAGACGGUGCACCGGAUGCAUUGGCCGGCCUUGCGUUCGUGUUCACUGGAGAGCUCAGUAGCUUCUCCCGUGACGAAAUCGCAGAGGCUGCGAAACGCUAUGGAGGACGCGUCGUUGGCCAACCAUCGGGCAAAACCGAUUUCGUUGUUCUGGGGGAAAACGCGGGACCGUCCAAGCUGAAUGCGAUUAAGAAGCACGGACUCAAAACUCUGAGCGAAGAUCAGUUUCUGGAUCUCAUACGAACUCGCCCAGGUUCAGGAAAACUAGACGAGAAGGCGGCCAAAAAACUCGAGAAAGAACAAGAAGCUAUCAAAAGCGCGGCCAAAGAAAUGGAGAAACGGGAGAAGCAGCAGCAGGCAAGUGCUAUCGAGCCGGCUGGCCAACUAUGGACAACGCGUUAUGCCCCGCAAAGUUUAAAGGAGAUUUGUGGUAACAAGGGACAAGUAGAGAAGCUUCAGCAAUGGUUAAAGGACUGGUCAACUAGUCUCAAGGCUGGAUUCAAAAAGCCGGGCAAGAAUGGCAUGAACGUCUAUCGAGCCGUAUUGAUCACUGGUCCACCUGGUAUCGGUAAAACAACGAGUGCCCACCUAGUAGCCAAGCUGGAGGGUUUCACGCCCAUAGAAUUGAACGCAAGUGAUGCGCGGAGCAAGAAGUUGGUCGAGAACGGUAUGAAUGUCAACAACAAAUCGUUGGAUGGAUAUAUUGCCGGCGCUCGAGAAACAGACGGCGUUGCAAUCACGGACCGGACAUGUCUUAUAAUGGAUGAAGUCGACGGAAUGUCUGCUGGUGAUCGUGGAGGUGUGGGUGCUCUGAAUGCAAUGAUCAAGAAAAGCAAAGUUCCCAUCAUUUGCAUCGCCAAUGACCGCGGGGCCCAGAAACUGAAGCCCUUGCUGAACAACGUGUUCAGUAUAGCUUUCCAGCGUCCGGCGGCAAACAUGAUACGAUCGCGUCUAAUGACCAUCGCUUUCAAAGAGAAAAUGAGCAUACCCGCCAAUGUCCUCGACCAACUUGUCGCUGGCGCCCAAUCCGACAUUCGACAAGUACUCAACAUGAUGUCAACAUGGCGGUUAUCCAGUCAAACUAUGAGCUUCGACGACGGCAAGAUGCUCGCGAAAAUGAAUGAAAAAUAUACUAUCAUGAGCCCGUUCGACAUAACUACCAAAAUACUCGGGCCUUACAUGUUUUCAUCGACCGCUCGGGAGACAUUGGGGGACAAAAUGGAGCUCUAUUUUCAAGACCAUUCGUUUGUCCCACUAUUCAUCCAGGAAAACUAUCUCAAGACAGAGGCCGCUCGGUUGCGCAACUACGACGGCCCAAUGAAACAGCUCAAGUCUUUGGAAUUAAUGGAGAAGGCGGCUGCUUCAAUAUCGGACGGUGACCUUGUUGACGCGAUGAUUCAUGGGUCAGAACAACAUUGGGGUCUGAUGCCAUUACAUGCUGUCUGCUCGACUGUAAGGCCAGCAUCCUUUGUCUACGGACAAGGCGCGCAUUAUGGCGGAGCCAACUCACUCAGUUUUCCACAAUGGCUUGGCCAGAACUCAAAGCAGCAAAAACUAAAUCGCAACCUGACUGAGGUCGGCGUGCGGAUGCGCCUUAAGAUCUCUGGCGACAAGGCCGAGAUUCGACAAUCGUACCUUCCCGCCCUCUUCCCACAUAUCAUUGCCCCGCUGAUGGAGUCUGGGACAACUGCGGUCGACCCUGUCAUCAGCAAAAUGGACGAGUACUAUCUGAGCAAAGAAGACUGGGAUGCUAUCAUCGAGCUCGGCGUUGACGAGCGGAAGGACGAGGUUGUGCUGAAAAAGAUCUCGGCCGCCACUAAGACUGCGCUGACCAAGAAGUAUAACGCGUCGGAACACCCGAUUCCGUUUUACAAGGCGGUGGACCUGGGCAAGGCGCCCAAGAAGUUGGCGGCGAGCGGGCCGGCACCCGACAUUGAAGAUGCGUUUGAGGUCGACGAGGAGAUCGUCGACUCGGAGGACGAGAAGGAGAAAGUGAAGGACCCUGAUGAUGUGAGUAAAGACAAGCUCAUCAAGGCCCCGAAAAAGAAGGCCGGUGGGGGGACCGAGAAGGCGGGGAAAGGGAAGAAGAAAUAG